AUGGCUGCUGCUGGUCUUGCUGCUUUGUCGGCUGCUGCUGGUCUUGCUGCUUUUUGCCGGUGGCCUCUCGCCAUGGAGAUCGGGGGCUGGCUGGGGAUGAAGCGGCGAAAGGGCAUGACCCGCUCGCAAAGCCGACAUGCGCGCCAUCUGCGACGCAAGAGCCAGCCUCUUCCUCCGUCCUUGCGCCUUCCAUCGGCUUUCCUCCGGCUUGCCAGCGGAAGCACGCCUGCGUCCUCGGGAGAGUCCUUCGUUGCAGCUCCGACCCCACCGGCUUGCAUGGCCGGUAAGGAAGCCGAGGGCGGUUGCACCAGGAUGAGACGGAUCGAGGCUGCCAAUGCGAGUCUCAGUCUCGAUCCCAAUCUCAACCACAAUCUCAACCCCAAUCUCACUCCAAUCUCAACCCCAAUCUCAAGCAAUCAGCAAGGCACGAAACACAUCCACAAACGCAGCGUCCGGCAGCACGCGCUGUGA